AUUUUCGUCACGAUUAGCCGCCGGCUGGCCCGAGCAACCAGGCAAUGUGAGCCUUCUAUCAGCGGACGUACGCAUGAAUUCAACAUGGCGUCAAGGCAAGCGCUCGCACCUAAACUUUAUAAAAGGUUUUUGCAAGUUUGUGAGCAAUGGCCGGUCGAUCAGAAUCGAUUAGGAAGGGAUCUUGGAGAACAUCUGAAAGGGAAUCUCGUGCCUCGCAUAAAAAAUUCCCAGAUUGACCCAAAAGAGGCUGAAAAAAUGCUUGACAGUCUCUUAAAGAUAAGUUCAAACUACUACAGAAACAAGUACCCCAGGCAAAAAGAAACAGCAUUUACUACAAAUAGUGUACAGGAUUGUCAGGAAGCUGCAUCAUAUUAUCUGUCAUCAGAUUUUCAGAAGAAAUCGAAACAGCAAAGUUGGUGGGAGAAACUGAUUCGUAAGAAGCCAACUGCCAGUUAAAACAGUGCUCUAGUUGCACUGAUUCCAAAUGCUGAAUGGAGAAAGUUGUCACUUGAUGUCAAAAUAAUUAGCAUGCAGUGGUUUUGCAUAUGCCUGCCUCUUAACCCUUGACACCCUAAUAUCAGCCUUCAUAUUCUCCAUACUGUUCACUAUACAUUUCUUAAGGUGCUGACAAGGAGAAUUUGUUUCAGAAUCAGACUUGGCAAUCAUUUCCUCUUAAUUAUUCUCCUGAUCACAAUGUGUGAUUCAGGGGGG